AUGGCGCAAGAACAACCCUCCGGAGGCGCUAGCGCACCUUCUAGUGACGAAAUCAGCGAUUUGAUCAGACAGAAGGAACAGAGAUACAUAUCUCUUCUUGAACAACGGAUUAUCGAUCUAGAACGCCUCACCUCGUCCCCAGCAGCGGAGACCAAAAUCGCCGAACUACCAGCUAAAGACGAGACUGACACAAGCAGUGUUACUGUUGAAGAUGGCGAUGCAACCUCUAAAGGGGAAAUAAGCAAAGCUGCGGAUAAGGCUGAGUCAAAAGACAAAGACAAAGACAAAGACAAGGAGGAAGAAAAGACCAAGAAGAAAUCCCGAGUGCGCAACGUGAUCAGCAGCUGGAAUGAACAGCAAGGCCGUAACAUCGACCAGGACGUCGAUGCUCCCGCGGCGAAGAGCGAGGAAUCCCAAGAUAUUGCUUUCGUAUUCCGGACUGUGAUGAAAACCUUUGAGAAGACAAAACCAGCAUAUUCCGAGAUAGAGGUCCAGUCGGAGCAUUUACGUUACCUGCUCAGGGACGUCAUCGGAGACUACCCUGGUCAAAGCUUCGAUGGCACAAGCGUCUAUAUACCUGGUCCUUUCCAGGCUGUGGUACACUAUUGGGAAGAGCUGAAGGCUGAGAUAACACCGAAGGAAAAUGAUACUGAAGGAAAAAAGCAGGCCCGAGAGGACCUGGAUGUGAUGAUGAAUUCUAUUCGUGUCAGCACAGAAUUAGAAACCUACUUCAAGACACGAGAGUCCAUCAUAAACGCGGGCGUCAUCACCUACGAGUUUCUCUGGACUAUCUUUCGCCCGAAGACAAAAGUUUAUGCGAAGGCUUUCCUGAACUUGCCGCAGCUAUUUGAAGUUCCCUACUCCCCUGAUCCCUUUGAACGACGAGGAAUUACCAUUCCAUGCUGGUGCUACGAUUAUAACGGAAAGUCGCAGGUCAAAACUUAUUACGAGUUUGAGAUCGAGCAUUUCCGUGGUACUAGGGAGAUCAACAGCCUCCUCUGCUUUCCACUUGAGUACCUCAAAAAGGAUGAUAAUGAGUCGGAAGAUCUCCUUGAGAUGCUCAGGAAAAGAGGCGAAAUGUUUCUUCAACUUUGCACUGUUGAGAAAGGCGCGAAACAGAUGUGUGAAUAUAACGACGUCGUUUUACUCGACAGUGGUAACAUUUCGAGGGGUAAAUUUAUCGUCGAUGCGGGUGCCUUUUUGCAACACGGAUCCCGCAAUGGCUCCUAUCCUCUGGGAAAAUAUACCAGCGUGGACGUGGAGGAUCCCAACGAAAACAAGAAUAACUAUGAUGUUCUCAGCAUUGAAGAAGAAAGGGACAAAUCCAUUCUGUGCGCACCACGAGUACUAGGCUACUCAACUCAGCAAAAGAUUUGGGGCCAGUUCAAAGUCGACUCCGUGCGACAAGUUGAGCCGGUCAAGGUUCAGACCGCAUUUGAUACGGAUCUGCAGUUGGACAAGGAAUAUAAAGCAAUUAUUAAAGCACUGGUGGAGAACCAUACCAAGGCAAAUGAUUCCAAAGCAAAUCGGAAAGACAUGGACGUGAUUGAGGGCAAAGGGCGUGGUCUCGUCAUUCUCCUUCAUGGCCCACCAGGUGUGGGAAAGACAUUGACUGCAGAAACUAUCGCUGAAGCAACUGGAAAACCGCUCCUCGUUGUCAGUGUGGCCGAAAUUGGCCUCAAUGCCUCCAAGGCAGAGAAUAACCUCGAGCGUAUGUUCCACCUCGCUGGAGCCUGGGAGGCCAUUCUUCUUGUGGAUGAGGCAGAUGUUUUUCUUGAGUCUCGUAUGAGCACAGGUGAUCCCAACCGGAAUGCUCUGGUCUCUGUCCUGCUUCGAGUGCUCGAAUACUACGAGGGAAUCAUGAUCUUGACUACAAAUCGAAUCACAUCGCUCGACAUCGCAGUACAGUCCCGUAUUCAUCUUGCUAUUCGCUACGAGGACCUCACUAAAGGGCAGAAGAAACAGGUCUUUAGCAGCUUCCUGGAUAAGCUUCAAGAGAAGGACAGAAGCAUAAUAUCUCCUUCUGAUCGAGCGAAUAUUAAUGAGUGGGUCGAGGAGAUUGGCUCGGAACAAAAGCUCAACGGUCGCCAGAUCCGUAAUCUUGUGAACAGUGCCUAUGCAUUGGCCUGCAGUAAUGGACAGGGUGGAAGCUUGCGGAAGGAUCACUUGAAGAAGGUUUUAUCAAUUACGAAAGAGUUCCAGGAGCAGCUGGAAGGGUUAACGAGAGAUCGCCGGGCGGAUAACGAGGUAGACCGACGCACAAGAUAG